CUUCCUCCCGCUCUGCCUCCUGCAGCGCCCAGCCCGCUCCCCGCCGGGCCCGCCGCGCGCACCGCGGAGAGUUUGCCGACGCCCCGGCCCCGGCCGCCGAGUCCCGAAGGCACGACGCCCGCCCGCGCGGGAGCCGCGGAGGAAGCCCGAGCCCGAGGGCGGGCCGAGGACCCGCACAAAGUUAGGCUCCGGCGCCGCCGCCCGGCGCUCCCGCCCGCGGCUCCCGGAGGAACCGGUCUCCCCGCGGCUCAGCCCGCGCGGCCACGUGAGCGCCCGCCGAGCGCGCCGGGAGGAGCGGCGGGACCCAUGCCCGCGGCCCACCUGAUGGAGAGCCUGCAGCCGCCCGCGCUGCAGGUGCCGGCGCCCCGGGGCGCGCCCGAGGGCAGCGCCGUCUGGUCCAGCGCGUCCACCCCCUCGCUCCGCCGCCGGCGCUUCAGGCUGCGCCGCGCGAGGAACGUGCUGGAGCGGAGCCUGGAGGCCGGGCUGGCGCGGGAGCUGCCCCUGCCCCUGCCCCUGCCCGGCGGCGGGGCCCCCGGCAAGGAGCUCCUGCAGCUGCCGGCCAUCGAGAUCACGCCCUCCAGCGACGAGGACACCCCGUGGUCCAACUGCUCCACACCCAGCGCGUCCCCGCGCCGCAAGCGCUCCCUCCUCCGCAAGUGGCUGCGGCUUCGGGAGCGGAAGGAGUGCGGCGAGAGCAGCAGCCAGCAGAGCAGCCAGCAGAGCAGCCAUGAGGAUGAUGCCAGCAGGUUCCUGAGUCCCCAGAUGCAGGAAGAGAGCACUGCCAGUAACUCCAACCGCAGCUCGCCGGCCUGCUCCCCUGUCCUCCGGAAGCGGUCCCGCUCGCCCACCCCCCAGAGCCCGGACGCGGACGCCAUGGUGGAGAAGGGCUCCGACCACUCCUCGGACAAGUCCCCCUCCACGCCUGAGCAGGGCGUGCAGCGCAGCUGCUCCUCGCAGUCCGGCCGGAGUGGAGGCGGCAAGAACUCCAAGAAAAGCCAGAGCUGGUAUAAUAGCUGGGAGCACCCCCUGACCUCGGCCGUUGUCGUGCAGGUGUUAAGCCCCACUUACAAGCAGAGAAAUGAAGACUUCAGAAAGCUCUUUAAGCAACUUCCAGACUCGGAGCGCCUCAUUGUGGAUUACUCCUGUGCACUCCAAAGAGACAUUCUCCUUCAGGGCCGACUCUACCUCUCGGAAAACUGGAUCUGCUUCUACAGCAACAUCUUCCGCUGGGAAACCCUGCUGACUGUCCGUUUAAAAGACAUCUGCUCCAUGACUAAAGAGAAGACAGCUCGCCUCAUCCCCAAUGCCAUCCAAGUUUGCACUGACUCAGAAAAGCACUUUUUCACGUCGUUCGGGGCCCGGGACAGGACGUACAUGAUGAUGUUCCGGCUGUGGCAGAACGCGCUCCUCGAGAAGCCGCUGUGCCCCAAGGAGCUCUGGCACUUCGUCCACCAGUGCUACGGGAGCGAGCUGGGCCUGACCAGCGACGACGAGGACUACGUGCCCCCCAGUGACGACUUCAACACGAUGGGCUACUGCGAGGAGAUCCCUGUCGAAGAGAAUGAAGUGAAUGACAGCUCGUCCAAAAGCAGCAUAGAGACCAAGCCGGAUGCCAGCCCACAGCUGCCCAAGAAGUCCGUCACCAACAGCACGCUGACGUCCACCGCCAGCAGCGAAGCGCCCGUCUCGUUUGAUGGGCUGCCCCUGGAGGAGGAGGCGCUGGAUGGCGAGGGGCCCCUGGAGAAGGAGCUGGCCAUGGACAGCAUCAUGGCAGAGAAGAUGGAGAUCCUGGCACCGGUGAGCUCCCCUUCACUGGACUUCAACGACAACGAGGACCUCCCCACCGAGCUCAGCGACUCCUCCGACACCCACGAUGAAGGGGAGGUCCAGGCCUUCUACGAGGACCUGAGCGGCCGGCAGUACGUGAAUGAGAUCUUCAACUUCAGCGUGGACAAGCUCUACCACCUCCUGUUCACCGACUCGCCCUUCCAGCGCGACUUCAUGGAGCAGCGGCGCUUCUCAGAUAUCGUCUUCCACCCCUGGAAGAAGGAGGAGAACGGGGACCAGAGCCGCCUGAUCCUUUACACCAUCAACCUCACCAACCCGCUGGCUCCCAAAACGGCCACCGUCAGGGAGACACAGACCAUGUACAAGGCGAGCCAGGAGAGCGAGUGCUACGUGGUGGACGCCGAGGUCCUGACCCACGACGUGCCCUACCACGACUACUUCUACACCGUCAACCGCUACACGCUCACGCGCGUGGCCCGCAGCAAGAGCCGGCUCAGGGUCUCCACUGAGCUGCGCUACCGCAAGCAGCCCUGGGGGCUGGUGAAGACGUUCAUCGAGAAGAACUUCUGGAGCGGCCUGGAGGACUACUUCCGCCACCUGGAGAGCGAGCUGACCAAGAUGGAGAGCAGCUACCUGGCUGAGACGCACAGACAGUCUCCCAAAGAGAAGGCCAGCAAAGCCCCGGCCGUGCGGCGGAGGAAGCGCCCCCACGCCCACCUGCGGGGACCUCACCUGGAGGAGGUGCUGAGCCCCGUCACCACGCCCACCGACGAGGACGUGGGCCGCAGGGCCAAGCAUGUGGCAGGUUCCACACAGACACGGCAUAUCCCUGAGGACACCCCCAACGCUUUCCACCUGCAGAGCGUGUCCAAGCUGCUGCUGGUCAUCAGCUGUGUCCUGGUGCUGCUGGUCCUCCUUAACGUGAUGCUUUUCUACAAGCUCUGGACGCUGGAGUACACCACCCAGACCCUCACUGCCUGGCAGGGCCUGCGGCUCCAAGAAAGGGGUCUGGGAGCACAGGACAGUCCACUGAGCAUAACUCCAGCUGCUGGGGGACCCCUUCUUCCGCCCCACAGGUUACCCCAGUCGCAGACAGAGUGGGCCCAGCUCUUAGAGUCCCAACAAAAGUACCACGACACUGAGCUGCAGAAGUGGAGAGAGAUCAUCAAAUCCUCGGUGAUGCUCCUCGACCAGAUGAAGGACUCCCUCAUCAACCUUCAGAACGGCAUCAGGUCCCGAGACUACACAUCCGAACGCGAAGAGAAGAGGAGCCGCUACCACUGACCAGGCAGGAGCAGGGCUGCCGGAGGCCUGUGCAAUACGUGUACAUAGACCUAUAAAUAUAUAUAUAUAUAUAUAAAUAUAUAUAUACAGAGUAUAAAUAUAUAUUAUAUACAGAUUUUAAAGAGACACCACCUAUGUACCAGGGAGGAGCUGGCCCGCCUCCUGUGUGGCCGGUGGCGGCCGAGGGGCAGGGACCACCUCCACCACCGCCGACCCUCCCGCCCUCCGUCCUCCAGCCCCGGGCCCUGGCCGGCCGUUCUUGGCUCUGAGAAGGGAAGUGUUGUUGAGCCCGAGUGAUGCCUGCGAAGAGAAGUCCCAGGGGCAUGGCUCACGGUGCUUCGUUCCCUCAUUCCCUUUUGAUUUGUUUCCAAAACUAAAGGGACUCUUCUUCCCUGCCCCACACUUCCGCAGGCGCUCCCGUGGGAACGAGGAAGCAUCAGAGACAGCAGCGCCAUCUAAGCUCUCCCUGUGAGCCCCUGCCCCCCAUGGACUGCAGGCUGCGCCUGUGGAUUUCGUGGCUGCGGGCUCCGGAGGCCUUGCGUUCGGAAGGAUGCUCUCCUCCAUCACCCGCACUGCCUCCAGCUGUGCAGGGUGUGCACCCAAUAAGGGCUGGGAACGCCCUCCCUCCCCGCCCCCGCCUGUCUCCCCGCGCUUCUCCCAGGCUGGGUCUGGGCGAAGUGUCCCUUUUUAGUGCCUAAAACCCUCAUUUUUCUCUGUGCCCCGAGAGCACAUCGCCCUCGGCCGGGGUGGAGUGUUUGGUCUUGUUAAGUCUGUUUUCAUGGUUCAAGCACGUCAGGUCUGUGGCUCUGGUCCUUCGCUUCGCGCUGUCAGUUUUCUGUCCAGGAGAGUCGGGGUGUUGUCGGGCCUCCGGGUGUGAGGGGCGAGUGCCCGGCGUGUCGGUUGCAGGCCUCGGCAGAGAUGCCACGUGAUGGAGAGCACCCGUGCCAGUGGCCUCUGCUGCCCGUGGACACCCGGCUUGCUCAGGGAGACAGCAUCUGAGGCGCCUGGCACGUGAAGACGGACGCCCUGGGAGGGAACGGGUUUGGCAGAGACGCGUGCAUCUGGGUGUGAAAAGCCUGAUGGAGUCUCUUCGCCCAAGGGGCCGCUCCCCAUGCCCGUUCUCCUUCCCUGGUGUCUGUCCCAGGGGGCUGCUGUCACUGGGAGUGGAGAGGAGGCCGCGGGCCAGGACCAUCCGUGCUCCGGGCCUUUUUGGGGUUGGCUCCCAGGACCGUGCACGUGCCUGACUGGGACCCACCUGGACACGCCUGUCGCCCCUCAUGCACUAACUGCUACUUCAUCCAACAAGGGCCCCUCCAGCCCAGGAGGGCGCAGCGCAUGGGCCACAGCCGGGCAAGGAGGGCUCUCCAGGGGCUGUGGAGGCGCCCCGCGUGCCGGGCCCAGGAAAGGAAGACUGUCCCCGUCCGCCCAGAAGGCAGCCCGUGUCCCUCUCCUGCAAUGGCCUGAGCAUCUCACCUGACAAUGAAAGGUGGUUGGCAUUUCAGCCUGAGACCAUAGCCUUGUCAUCGCGCACAGGCAGGAUGAGAAGAUGGAGCUGUGCGUGCCCAGGUCACCCCCGGGGGAGCAGGAGAAGGCGGCAUGGGGCCCGCCUCCCUCAGGCGUCCGUGGAGGGUCACAGGCCAGGGGCCACUGGUCGCUUUUGCCCAGGACUGAACGGGACACCUGUGAGCAGUGCGACUGCUGCAAACUGUCCACAGAGGUAGCCAGAGGCCAAUCAGUCCCAGAAACUUAAAAGCAAAGAUGGUAAAUCUCUAAUUUGUCCCACGCACGUUUGGUUUGUUUUUAAACCUUGCCGUGAUGAGGGUUCCUGGGGCCCUUUCGUAGGACACAGCGGGGUCUCGGCUGGGCCGGUGCUGGCAGGGCCUGGCUACACAGCCGCUGUGCGCUCCUACUUCUCAGGCCAUCCCAGGGAAGAGCGGGUGACGGAGGGAGCCGAGGCUGGGGAUUGGAACCCAGGACGCAGAGUGUGCACACCACCAUCUCUCGUGGGUGCUCUCUGUUCUAACGGUUUUCUGAUUUUAAACCAACCGCUCCGCCCAGUCUCGCUCAGUAACCGGUGAAGAGAAGGCACCACCGUGCAGGCGGUCUCGGCGAGAAACGCAGCAGCACUGGCACCGCCUCGGAGCCUGAAGGGCACAGGGGAACCAUCACCUCGUGCGUUCUCUCCCGGCCAUGCUGGCUGGACAGCUCCGCCUGUCUGCUAGAUCCAGCGGCAAACAUCUGAGAGCCGUGCUCACCGUCAGAGGUUUCACAACAUUCGUCGAGUCUGCACCUCACUCCAGCUUACCUGGAGGAGCUCACAAGAUCGGCCUUGGAGAAGCCAGUCCUGUCUACAGCUCCUCGCCUUCCCCACCAGCCGCCCUGGGAAAGGGGACCACCUCCUGGGCCAGCAAGAUGGGCAGCGUGGAGUCUCUGAAGGCCAUUGAGCUGAGGGCCAGGAGGCCAGGCUGAGUCCUGGCUCGGCCUCUCUGAGCUUCUGUGUCCCCGGGGACAGGGCUGGCCUAGAUGGCCGCUGAGGGGGCUCUGCUUUGGCGCUGUCGGGAGGGACAUCAGAGGCUGGUGAGGCUGGGCGUUCUUGGACUUGGAAGGGUCCCUUCGGGCUAGAGCCCCCUGGUGUUUAGGGGAGCAGCAGGGCAGUGUCUGGGCUCUGGGAAACCCAGGGUAGCUGAGCUUCCUUUCUGAUAAGCUGGGAGGAUU